GUGUGUCUAUACGCGUGUGUAUGAGAGCGAUAGACACACACACAGGCAGAGACACACGGCGGCGGAGCUGCGGGAGCUGAUUCUACACUCAGAGGCUCACGGAACCACACGGCGCCGCCUGGACACUCACACCCGGAAAGCGCGCACUAGAAGGAGAGCAUGGCUCACUCCAAGAAUCGAGCCACAGAUGGCAAAAUCACCUACCCGCCAGGGGUGAAGGAGAUCUCCGAUAAAAUCUCCAAGGAGGAGAUGGUCCGGAGACUCAAGAUGGUGGUAAAGACCUUCAUGGACAUGGACCAAGACUCCGAGGAGGAGAAAGAGCUGUACCUGAACCUGGCUCUGCACCUGGCCUCAGAUUUCUUCCUAAAGCACCCGGACAAAGACGUCAGGCUCCUGGUGGCCUGCUGCCUGGCCGACAUCUUCCGCAUCUACGCUCCGGAGGCUCCGUACACCUCGCCGGAUAAGCUGAAGGAUAUAUUUAUGUUCAUAACCAGACAGCUGAAAGGACUGGAGGACACUAAAAGCGCCCAGUUCAAUCGAUAUUUUUACUUACUGGAGAAUAUCGCUUGGGUAAAAUCCUACAACAUCUGCUUUGAGUUGGAGGACAGCAAUGAAAUAUUUACUCAACUGUACAGAACGCUCUUCCAAGUGAUCAAUAACGGACACAACCAGAAGGUGCAUAUGCACAUGGUAGACCUGAUGAGCUCGAUCGUCUGCGAGGGAGACUCCGUGUCCCAGGAGCUCCUGGACACCGUCCUGGUCAACCUGGUUCCAGCUCAUAAGAAUCUGAACAAGCAGGCGUACGACCUGGCUAAAGCGCUGCUGAAGAGAACCGCGCAGGCCAUCGAGCCUUAUAUAACCAACUUUUUUAACCAGGUGCUGAUGCUGGGGAAGACGUCAGUAAGCGACCUGUCGGAGCACGUGUUCGAUUUAAUCCUGGAGCUCUACAACAUCGACAGUCACCUCCUGCUGUCCGUUCUGCCUCAGCUAGAGUUUAAGCUAAAGAGUAAUGAUAACGAUGAACGGCUUCAAGUUGUCAAGCUGCUCGCCAAGAUGUUUGGCGCUAAGGACUCGGAGCUCGCGUCCCAGAACAAGCCUCUGUGGCAGUGCUACCUCGGGAGGUUCAACGAUAUCCACGUUCCUAUUCGACUGGAGUGCGUGAAGUUUGCCAGCCACUGCUUGAUGAAUCAUCCGGAUUUGGCAAAAGAUCUCACAGAGUAUCUUAAAGUGAGAUCCCACGAUCCAGAGGAAGCCAUUCGGCAUGACGUCAUUGUAUCCAUCGUGACCGCCUCGAAAAAGGACCUCGCCCUCGUUAAUGACCACCUGCUGAACUUUGUCAGAGAGAGGACACUCGACAAAAGGUGGCGAGUGCGUAAGGAAGCGAUGAUGGGCCUCGCACAGAUCUAUAAGAAGUACGCUCUGCAGGCGGAGGCGGGGAAGGAAGCAUCCAAACAGAUCUCCUGGAUUAAAGACAAAUUGCUGCACAUCUACUACCAGAACAGUAUCGAUGACCGGUUGCUUGUGGAGAGAAUCUUUGCUCAGUACAUGGUGCCUCACAACCUGGAGACCACCGAACGCAUGAAGUGUCUGUAUUACCUGUACGCUACUCUCGAUACUAACGCAGUCAAAGCCCUGAACGAAAUGUGGAAAUGCCAGAACAUGCUGCGACACAACGUCAAAGAUUUACUGGAUCUGGUUAAGCAGCCAAAGUCGGACUCUUACAACAAAGCGAUCUUCUCAAAGGUCAUGGUCAUCACAAGGAACUUGCCCGACCCGGGGAAGGCGCAGGACUUUGUGAAGAAGCUGGCGCAGGUCCUGGAGGAGGAUGAGAAGAUCAGGAAGCAGCUAGAGCAGCUGGUCAGCCCGACCUGUUCCUGCAAACAGGCUGAAGUCUGCGUGAAAGAGAUCACAAAAAAACUGGGCAGCCCCAAACAGCCGAGCAACCCUUUUCUAGAGAUGGUAAAGUUUUUACUGGAGAGGAUCGCUCCCGUCCAUAUCGACACAGAGUCCAUCAGUGCACUUAUUAAACAGGUGAAUAAGUCAAUAGAAGGAACAGCAGAUGACGAUGAUGAAGGUGUUCCCACUGAACAGGCCAUUAGGGCCGGGCUGGAGCUGCUUAAGGUUUUGUCUUUCACUCACCCCGUGUCCUUCCACUCGGCCGAGACGUUCGAGUCUUUGCUCGGCUGUCUAAAGAUGGACGACGAGAAGGUGGCCGAGGCAGCCCUGCAGAUCUUUAAAAACACAGGCGGAAAGCUGGAGGAGAGCUUCCCACACAUCAAAUCGAUUCUUUUACCCGUACUACAACACAAAGCCAAGAAGGGACCUCCUCGCCAGGCCAAAUACGCCAUCCGCUGCAUUCACGCCAUGUUCUCCAACAGGGACACCCACUUCGCACAGAUUUUUGAGCCUCUACAUAAGAGUCUGGACACAGAGAACAUGGAGCAGCUGAUAACUCCUCUCACCACACUGGGUCACCUGGCCAUGCUGGCACCUGAGCAGUUCGCUGGGCCUCUUAAAUCACUAGUGGCCAACUUCAUCGUGAAGGAUCUGCUAAUGAACGACAGGAUUCCUGGCAAAAAAACCACCAAGCUCUGGGUUCCAGAUGAUGAAGUUUCCCCUGAAACCCUGGCAAAGAUUCAGGGCAUAAAGCUGAUGGUGCGCUGGCUGCUCGGGGUGAAGAAUAACCAGAGCAAGUCGGGGAACUCGACGCUGAGGAUGCUGACGGCCAUACUGAACAGCGACGGAGAUCUCACCGAACAGGGCAAGAUGGGGAAGCCGGACAUGUCACGUCUGCGCCUAGCGGCGGGCUGCGCGGUCCUGCGUCUGGCUCAGGAGCCGUGCUACCAUGAGAUCAUCACCCUGGAGCAGUACCAGCUUUGUGCUCUUGUCAUCAAUGACGAGUGUUACCAGGUGCGUCAGACUUUUGCUCAGAAGCUGCACAAGGGCCUGUGUCGGCUGCGGCUGCCGCUGGAGUACCUGGCGGUUUUCGCUCUGUGCGCCAAAGACCCGGUGAAGGAGCGCAGGGCUCACGCUCGCCAGUGCCUGGUGAAGAACAUCAACCUGCGCAGGGAGUACAUCAAGCAGCACGCUGCAGUCAGCGAAAAGCUGAUCUCCCUGCUGCCAGAAUAUGUGGUGCCGUAUGCCAUCCAUCUGCUGGCUCACGACCCGGAUUAUGUCAAAGUACAAGACAUAGAGCAGCUCAAAGACAUUAAGGAGGCUUUGUGGUUUAUUUUGGAAAUCCUGAUGGCAAAAAACGAGAACAACAGUCACGCGUUCAUAAGGAAAAUGGUAGAGAACAUCAAACAGACGAAAGACGGCCAGUGUCCAGAUGAUCCCAAGAUAAAUGAGAAACUCUACACGGUAUGCGACGUAGCCAUGAACAUAGUCAUCUCCAAGAGCACCACGUACAGCCUGGAGUCACCCAAAGACCCCGUGCUGCCUGCGCGCUACUUUACUCAACCCGACAAGAAUUUCAGCAACACAAAAAAUUAUCUUCCUCCUGAGAUGAAGUCAUUUUUUACCCCUGGGAAGCCUAAAUCAGCGAACGUUCUCGGAGCCGUGAACAAACCGCUAUCAGCUACGGGCAAACUGCAGACCAAACUCUCACGCAUGGAGACCAUCAGCAACGCCAGCAGCAACUCCAACCCGAGCUCGCCGGGACGCAGUAAAGGAAGAUUGGACUCUGGUGACGUGGACCACAGCGAGAACGAAGACAUCUCCCUGAAGAGCCCGCCUGACGGAGACAAGCCCACCAGGGGGCGCAAGCGAGGCGCCGCGUCUGGCCAGGAAGACAAGGCCCCGGAAUCGAAAGCCAAACGUGGCCGCAAGAAAGCAAACACCAGCACCGAGGACGCGGAGGAGCAGUGGACGGAGGACAGCAGCCUGGUUGACACGACCAUGGAGACGGAAGAUGAACAGAACAGCCCGCCCAAAAGGGGACGCCGGGGACGACCUCCCAAAUCCGCCUCGGCCAAAGAAGAGACCGUCGCCGUCAAGGGGAGGAGAGGACGCCGGAAGGCCGCGCCGCAGCCAGACGAGGACAACGACGAAGAGCCAGAGCUGGAGGAGGAAGACGAGGACGAAGACAGAGGCAGCGAAAAUAUGGAGGAAGUGAAGCCCAAAGGAAGACGAGGACGCAAACCGAGAGCGGAGGGGUCAGAGGUCAACAGCGAUUCUGUCGAGUCCACGCCUCAAAAAAGAAGAGGACGACCUCCAAAAUCACAAACGGCAGCUAAAAAAGCAGGAGGUGGGAGAUCCCGAGCAGCAGUGAGCCAAGAGGACGAGUCUGAGGAGGAGAUGGAGACGUUGCAGCAGAGUGAUGAUGAGGCAGAAGAGGAGCAGUUACAGGAGUCCUCGUCUAAAGUGCGACGGAAGCCUGGAAGACGAGAGCGGAGAUGAGGAAGCUGAUGUUCUUGUUCUCCCUUCAGAGAGAGAGAUGAAUCAUGGCAGAGCUUUAAAAAGCCCUGAAACACCACAGAGGGAAUUUUUUUUUUGGAGCAUUUGGACUUUUUCCCCCCCGGAGCCGUGCAUCUGCUUGAGCUGUAUUUUGCCGUCUUUUCUGCCGUAAGCUUCCGCCUCGUCGCUUCACCAUGACUCGUGGUUUGUUUCGCAUCAUUACACGUGCCGACCAUGUGAAAAAUCUUGGCUUAAACAAACACACAAACUGUAAAUAGUCUUUGUUCUGUUGCAAUCCUCUCUGACCCUGCCCUUUGAUCCUGACCCCUGAUCCUGACCCUGAAAUCCCCUCCACUUUAGGGAAACUGUAUAGCUCUUAAUCUUCUGGAUAUUAAGGUGUUGCAUCAGCUGAAUUUGUUUGAGUAUUAAAGGAAAAACGAAAAGAGUUUUUUUAGCAGUACUGUAUCUGUCCAGUGUGUUUUCUGUAUCAUUCUGUACCAAGCAAUUUUUUUUUGUAGUUUGUGUUUUUUUUUUUUUAUGUUUGUCAUUUUACUCUUUCCCUUUUUAACCCCUUGUCAUUUGUGUAAUUCUUGUGUGCAUAUUAUUGUGGAUGUGCCUCUGCAGGAAAACAACAACUACAAUAUUAAAAAGAAAAGAAAGAAACACUGGUCUUGAUAAGGAAUAAAAAUAAUCACGUGUUUGUAAACGUUUCCUGUUCAGUAUUUGUUUUCAUCAGUGUUUAGACAAAGGAAAGUAUGGUACAAAGCGAUGGGUUUUAAUAUUGGCUGUGCAUCGAGGAACAUGUGCGGAUUAAACUCGCCCACUUUUUCAGUCUGCUGAACCAAUAAAAUAUUCUGUUUAAAUAA